AUGGCCUGGAACACCAACCUCCGCUGGCGCCUGCCGCUCACCUGCUUGCUCCUGGAGGCGGCCAUGGUGGUCCUCUUUGGCGUGUUUGUGCGCUAUGACUACGAGGCCGACCCCCACUGGCCCGAGGAGAAGAGACACAAGAACAUCAUCAGCGACUCUGAGAACGACUUCUACUAUCGCUACCCGAGCUUCCAGGAUGUACACGUGAUGAUCUUCGUGGGCUUCGGCUUCCUCAUGACCUUCCUGCAGCGCUACGGCUUCAGCGCGCUGGGCUUCACCUUCCUGCUGGCGGCCUUCGGCAUCCAGUGGGCGCUGCUCAUGCAGGGCUGGUUCCACUCCUUCAAAGACGGCUACAUCCGCAUAGGCGUGGAGAGCCUCAUCAAUGCCGACUUCUGCGUGGGCUCUGUCUGCGUGGCCUUUGGGGCACUUCUAGGCAAAGUCAGCCCUAUCCAGCUGCUCAUCAUGACUCUCUUCCAAGUGACCCUCUUCACAGUGAAUGAGUUCAUUCUCCUCAACUUGCUGCUGGUGAAAGAUGCAGGUGGCUCCAUGACUAUCCACACGUUUGGUGCCUACUUUGGACUCACGGUGGCCUGGAUCCUCUACCGACCCAACCUACAGCAGAGCAAGGAAAGGCAGAGCUCUGUGUACUACUCGGACCUCUUUGCCAUGAUUGGCACCCUCUUCCUGUGGUUGUACUGGCCCAGCUUCAACUCAGCUGUGUCAAACCAUGGGGAUGCCCAGCACCGGGCUGUCAUCAACACCUACUGCUCCCUGGCUGCCUGUGUGCUCACCUCAGUGGCGCUUUCCAGUGCCCUGCAGAAGAAGGGCAAGCUGGACAUGGUGCACAUCCAGAACGCCACACUGGCGGGCGGGGUGGCUGUGGGCACCGCUGCCGAGAUGAUGCUCAUGCCCUACGGCUCAAUCAUCGUUGGCUCCAUCAGCGGCAUCAUCUCCACCCUGGGCUUCACGUACCUGACGCCCUUCCUGGAGACCCACCUGAAGAUCCAGGACACAUGUGGCAUUCAUAACCUGCACGGUAUACCGGGCCUCAUCGGUGGCAUUGUGGGCGCAGUGACGGCGGCCUCUGCCACCUCCGAGGUUUACGGGCACGAAGGGCUUGUCCACGCUUUUGACUUGGAAGGUGGCAAGUAUAACAGGACCACACAACUUCAGGGCAGCUUCCAGGCUGCCGGCAUCUUUGUGUCCCUGGCCAUGGCCCUGGUGGGCGGCGGCAUCGUGGGAAUCAUUUUGAAACUUCCAUGCUGGGGCCAGCCCCCUGAUGAGAACUGCUUUGAGGAUGAGAUCUACUGGGAGAUACCUAAGAAACAGGAGAACGCGAUCUACCACCCCGAGGACCCGCCCUCAAGCCCGUGACACCCUAAACUCCCAGGGAUGGUGAGAGGCAGGUGAGCAUAGGUUUGAUUUGUCCCAGGUUCUCCCAGGUAGGGGGCCAGCGCUAGCAAUAAGAUGUCACCAGCAAAAGGGUAAAAAGAAAGGCUCAAUUAAUAGGUACCGAGCUUCCGUUUGGGGUGAUGAAAAGGUUUUGGAAAUAGUGAUGAAGGUUCCACAAUAUUGUGAGGGCAAUUAAUGCCACCAAAUUGUACAUUUGUCAAAG